AUAAAGGAAUAGGGCUCCCUAAUAGACUUAAUAAGUAUAACUUUUAUCCUGAAAUUUAACGCAAACCCUUCUUUCUCCAGAACAGCAGAGAAUAUGACAAUGUUGCAUGACCGUGGGCAUGGAUUGUGUGAUUAUAUCUAUCCCGCAUGAACAAAGCGCAAGGAACAAACCCUUGCCGGCCACAUACGGCAGAACGGGAAUCACAAUUGGGAAUAAGCCAAAUGAAUAUUAUAAUCUUCUCCAAACACCGAGUGGGGCUCGAUAUUAUGCAUUGGGGACAAUAUGGAUGGCACUGGGCAAUAGACAAAAAAACAUUCAGCAUGUGCUCCUCGCUCAUAAAUACAAAUACAUUUGCGUAUAAAAUAUUUUACCAUGAAAAUCAUGCACAUGUAUGCAUGUUGAACUUCUUUCGCACCACAUGUAGCCGACCCGUGCAAAUCGGAGGUGCUGGGAAAGCAAAACGAGUUAUUUUGAGAGUGUAUUGAGCCUCGAAAGCCACCAAUGCAUGCAGAUGUACUGGACAAUAUGUGAAAAAGAGCUUUAUAGCUCGUCGGAUUUCUCCAGUAUAAACAAAUAUUUCUGAUUCUGCUUGCUCUGCCGAUCCCUGUUCUCACCCCUUCAUCGCCUCUCUCGAUCCACGCCCUCUCCCUCCCCGUUUCCCAUGUGCCUCUUUUCCUCACCCUCUCUUCCAGCUCUUUGUCUCGCUCUUCUCAUGUUUCUGCUGCUGCUCGUUGCCACUGAGGCUCUGCGGUAACACGCCGACGACCACACACGGCCCUCUGUGUCAUUUGCAGUGCUGUAAAUCUGCACGGUCGAGGCAUGCAAUAUGUAUAAUUAACAUAGUUGGACAAUUAUUUUCGCGUUAACGUAGAGUUUGUUCUCCUGGAGGUGUUGGAGCAGAGCCAUUUGGCGUGGGAUUUAAGCCACAGCAAGGAGCUGCCAGGUAUUGCAACAGUUACAGGUGUGCAUCGCUGCCACGUGUGAACCACACGGGCUCGAGCCACACGUGCUUGGCACGUGGGCACGAUGAGCCAGCUCAUCGAGCAGCUGCUGACGUGUGCCGUGUGCCUGGAGCGCUACCGCCGGCCCCUGCUGCUGCCGUGCCAGCACACAUUCUGCGCCGAGCCAUGCCUGCAGGGGCUGGUGGACGCGACGGGACGCAGUGUGCGCUGCCCCGAGUGCCGCGCCACCCACGCGCUGCCCCGAGCUGGCGUCCACGGCUUCCCCUCCAACCGCACCAUCACGGGAUUCCUGGAUGUCCCACUGAUGCAGCGGCCGCAACAGGAUCAGCAGCAGCCUGUGACGGCAAGGUCGUCGUCGGUGGAAAGGGGCGACCGUGAGGUCGAUGUGAGGGCAGCCGACGACCCCGCGUCCCGAGCGUGCAAGUGCUGCGGGGAGGUGAAGGGUAGCGUUGGCCUGUCGCUGUGCUACCACUGCGACUGGUACCUCUGCGGGUUGUGCCGACUGUCCCACUCGCACCAGAUCAGGCAGGAGAUGCACAAGGACGUCCUGCGGCUACGGGGAAGUGGCCAGGUGCUGAGCGACGCCGUCGGAACCCUGGAGGAACGCUCCUCGGACGUGCGGCGGGAGGGCGAGACGGCCAGGUCGGACGUCUCGGCGGCCGUGCAAACGUGCUUGGGGAGACUGCGAGACCGCGAGAAAGCCCUCCUCAACAGCGUGGAGGCGCUCGUCAGCUCCGAGGUGCAUUCGCUGCAGCAGAAGAAGCGCAACUUGGAAUCCAAGUUGGCCGCGAUGCUGUCCUACUGCGACGUGGCCGAGGGCAAGCUGGACGGGACCAGCGGCGCUCCCCUGGCCGAGGAAGAGCUCUUCAAGCUGCACAAGCAGCUGCGGGAAUUGUCGACCCUUGUACAGCAUCAGGGCUGCUCUGUCCCGACCCAGGCCAUCACGUGUUCCUUGCAGAACGUCACGCAGCUGCUGUCCAACAUUGACAGCUUUGGGCACGUGACCGUAGGGGGUCAAGCCGAAGGGCAUCACAGUGACAGCGCAGGCUCCUUGAUGUCCGACCUUGAUGGGUUUUUGCCCACGCUGGUAGUGUCCAGUGGCUCCCAGAAUUCACUGAAUCCGGUGGUGAGGAGACUGAAUUCCCUGCCUCCGGUGAGGGCGACACGGAGGGGGCCACUAAACCCGAGGACUGACAGCCGUGGCGUUCACAACCACAACGGAGUCGACGUGGAAAGACAUGACAGCACACGGCAGGUGUCGUGUGUCCAGGAGGACGGCAGCUCUCUGUGGCCGAGCGGACGCCGGCUCCUCCAGCACUACCAGCAGAAGGGGCGGCCGCGCCUCCGGUUCGGCUGCAAGGGAACCGAGGAGGGCCGCUUCACUUGGCCCCGAGGCCUGGCCGUUACGCCUGAGGGGCAUCUCAUUGUCGCCGACAGCAGCAACCACCGUCUGCAGGUGUUCGACUGGAGUGGAAGGUUCAUCCGGGCCAUCGGCUCGCACGGCUCGGGUGAUGGCCAGUUUGACUGCCUCUCGGGCGUAACAGUCAACGCUCAACUGGGCCUCAUCCUCGUGGCUGACCGCUACAACCACCGUGUGCAGAUCUUCGACCGCACAGGCCGAUUCCUGCGGGCAUUCGGCAGGGAGGGUGCGGGACGUGGGCAGCUCAGCUACCCGUGGGGUGUGGCGUGUGACUCUUCGGGCCUUGUGUAUGUCUGUGACAAGGACAAUCAUCGUGUGCAGGUGUUCUCGCCGGACGGUGUGUUCGUGCGAGGCUUCGGUGGCCCUGGCAGUGGCGAAGGCCGCCUUGACCACCCGCACUACCUCGCCGUCACGCCCCAGGGCCGCGUGGCCGUGAGUGACUGUGGGAACCACCGCGUGCAGAUAUUUGACCGAUACGGCCGCUACAUCAGCAAGUUGGGCGAUAGCUCGGGCUCGGGCUCUGGGCCCGGGCAGAUGCGGUAUCCACGCGGCGUGGCAGUGGAUCGCUCUGGGAACAUCGUGGUUGCGGACAGCGGCAAUAAUCGCGUGAAGGUGUUUCGGCCCGACGGGACUUUCCUACAUGCGUUCGGGAGCUGGGGCAGCGAGGAUGGGCAGAUGAAGGGGCUGGAGGGCCUGGCGCUCCACGCAGGGGACAUUGUUGUCUGCGACCGCGAAAAUCACAGGAUUCAGAUCUUUUAAUAAAGCAGCCACUCUACGUUUCUAAUAUUUCAAUAGCCUUGAAGCCAGUCCUGGAUUUAGUUACGGAGCAUCAAUUAGAAUGACAGCCUGAUAAAAAGGCAUGGGUUCACAUGGCCUGGUCAACAGACCAAUACAUAAUCACCGAUAUUAAGAGUUAAUUGCUGAUUUCAAAAUAUGACGUUGGAGACAAUAAUAAUACUAGAUUCGAAGUUUUCGUGGCUGCAGGAAUUACUCUUUGGUUCUUUCGGUAAAGUCACGUAUGACUUUACCGAAAGAACCAAAAAGUAAUAAUCAUACUGUAAUUUGUUUCCAAUGGGUGGGAGGAAUGACUCGGCUUAUUUAAGUCAAAAUGUUCUUAACCUCGGUGAGUGUACUGGAUGGAUUCUCGAAUUAGUCUUGGCCAGAUCUCGAAAGAUGAUGGGGUUCAUCAAUGAUGACGUCAUCCUGCACUAUUUAAGACCGGAAGCAGGUGGAUGGCUUCACUAUUCUGGCAAAUCGCCCGAAGAUUCUGGAUGUAAUUACCAGUGAAACGUCGUACUCAAAUU